AAGGAGGCCCAGCUUUCACAGAAUCACAGAAGGAGCCAUUCGGCCCAUCGUGCCUGCAAAGGUUCGCUAAAUGACCAUCAUUACCUAACUGUUUCCUUUAACAUGUCACCCACAAUUGAAGAUGAAUUUCCACUCAUUUAACCAGACAGCGGCGGUUGCUUUUGAGAUAUUGCGUCCGGUUCAUUUGCAGCUUCCACCCUCUCACUGCAGAAGGUCUAUGGCCUAGUGAUUGACGGAAACUGUAGACCAAUAGGGACGGGGUGUGCCGAACAUCCACCGCCAAUCGGAGAAGGGCGGGGGUGGUACGUGAGCACCACGUCGGGUUUUUCCCUUGCGCAGGCGCACUGUAGUCGCGGCCACAAACGGUAUGUCGCCUGUGAAAUCGGAGGAUCAUGAUUAAAAAGUGAUAUUAAAACUUCUCUAAGAAAAGAAUGGAGCUGGAGAGUUGACUGUGAAUAUUUGAUGGAAAUUAGAGGAUCCCUUUCUGAAAUUUGCAGGGUAUGGUUAUGGGCUGCGGGAUUCGAGCAGACCUGGGCCUUGUGUUCAAAACCGUCAUCUUCAUUGGGGUAAAUGUUCAUAGGACGCAUGCGCAGCAGCCAUGGCAAUGGGGCACUGCGCAGGAGGGCGCAUGCGCUACCUUACUUUCACUUGUGGUGGGAGGACGAUCUGCACGGAGAAAGCAAGGAUUUGCGAACAAGCAGAUCAAGCCAAUUCGUCCGGACCUGAUUAUUUGAAUGUGGAACGUGAAAGUUUUACAGGGUUUCACAAGGAAGGAUUUAAAAUGGGAAAUUCAAAGCAAAUUCUCUGAUGGAGACGCUUGAUUCAUCAGGACCUGAAUGUCAUUGGCCUUUGGACAUGGAAGCAGAAAGCAGUGCUCAUAGUGAAGAGAAACCAUGGAAAUGUGGAGAUUGUGAGAAAGGAUUCGAUUAUCCAUCUAAACUGGAAACACAUCGUCGCAGUCACACCGGGGAGAGGCCAUUCACCUGCUCAGAAUGUGGGAAGGGAUUCAGUGAUUCCUCUUCCCUGCAGAAACAUCAGCGAGUUCACACUGGAGAGAGGCCAUUCACCUGCUCCAAAUGUGAGAAGGGAUUCACUCAGCUUGCUCACCUGCUGAAACAUCAACGUGUUCACACUGAUCAGAGACCUUUUAAAUGUCUGGAGUGUGGGAAGUGCUUUAAACAUUCUGGGGACCUGAUGUCCCAUCAACGUGUUCACACUGAUGAGAGACCAUUCAGGUGCUCUGAAUGUGGGACUGGGUUCAGGCAAUCAUCAGACCUCACUGUACACCAGCGAGUUCACACAGGAGAGAAACCAUUCACCUGCCCUGAGUGUGAGAAGGGAUUCACGACUUCAUCUGACCUACUGAGACACCAGCGUGUUCACACCGGGGAGAGACCAUUCACCUGCUCCGAAUGUGGGAAGGGGUUCACUCAGUCAUCCAACCUUCAGUCGCAUCAGCAAGUUCACACUGACGAGAAACUGUUCAGAUGCUCUUACUGUGGGUCUGGGUUCACAGGACCGUCUCAACUCCGUGUACACCAGCGAGUUCACACUGGGGAAAGGCCGUUCACCUGCCUUCAGUGUGGGAAAGGAUUCACUCAGUCAUGUAACCUGCUGAGACACCAGCGAGUUCACAGCGGGGAGAAGCCGUUCACCUGCACAGAGUGUGGGAAGGGAUUCACUCAGUCAUCUCAUCUGCUGAUACACCAACGUGUUCACACGGAUGAGAGACCAUUCAGGUGCGCACACUGUGGUGCUGGUUUCAGGCGAUCAUCGCAACUCAUUGAACACCAGUAUAUUCACACUGGAGAGAAGCCAUUCGCCUGCUCAGUGUGUGGGAAGGGAUUCAUUCGGUCAUCCCAUCUGCUGACACACCUGCAAGUUCACAAGCAGCUCCCCGUGUUGGAUUUCGUUGUUAAUCCAUUCAGAACUGAACCAUGUUCAUUGGAGCCUGUUUCUGUUAAUGUUAAUAAACUGCAGCCCAGUCAUUGACAUCAUCCAAUCAGCUGUUUAUUGCCAUUUCCUCACGUUCACCAGCCACUGGGCAAAACUGCUAAUAUUCCUCCUUACCUGAGCUCUGAACUUGCAUGUUUUUCUCAUUUAUCUCCUGCCUCGAUUUCCGUUUUGUCCAUCCAGCUUGGAUGAUCAGUUUGAAGCUUUGUCCACAUGUAAGCAUCAAGAGUGAGACCAGGGGAGAGACUGGGAAAAUUGUGAAGCAAGCAGUGAACAUGGUACUUUGACAGGUUGAGAGCAGAGUGGGUGGCUAAGAGCUGGAAGAAUCAUGAGACUUAGCGGUUUGGAGUCAUGAGAGCAGAGUGGAUGGAUCUAUGAAGUGUGGGACCACCAAUGGGAUUCAGAGUUUUGGCAGCGGUGAACCUGUGUGUGUUUGGAGGAUGCCUGAACGUGUGGUCAAGGGUGUCCACGUGUUUCUCUAUGUGCAUUGGUCGCUGUGCAUCUGUGUGGAUGUGUGUGUGUUUGGAAAUUGGAGUCCCCUUUAGCGUAUUUAGUAUUUUGUCUGAAGCAUGAGACUUCAUUUAACUAUGUUACAGUUGUAACUAGCCUUCUACAAGCAUAAACAAAAGGUUUAUUGGUCACACUGCCCUAUUAUGGAGUGCGUGGUCUUUGAAGAUACGUUUUUGUCAUUGGAAAGAAUGAAAACUAACUUUCAAAUAGGGAUAGGCAAGAGGACAAUAGUCAUCUUGUGGUCAUUGGCCAUGAGGGUUUAAAUAGGUGAUUUAUAUAACAUUGGUGGCCAACCUGCAAAAUAAUGUAUAUCAACAAGGAUAGCUGGGUAGAGAGGAGGAGGAGGAGAGAGGGAGGGUCCAGGGAAACAAACCACCACUAUCUUGGGAGAAGACCUGGAGUUCCCAAAGAAAGAACAAAGAUUGUUGCCAUCAAAAACUGCACAAUAUCAGUGACAAACAACCCAUCACUUCAAAACUGCCAGUCCUGAUCCACCAUUCUAUAGAACAGCUUCAGGUUCAGUGAAGCAUUUGCACUGUCAGUCGUAUUUGGUUUUGUAUUAUUAACCAAUGUAUCAUAUAAACUGCAGCUUAAUAAAAUUUCAGAAAAUUGCUCCAAA